AUGAAGCUGGGGGAAGAAUCUUUUCUCGGUAGGAUACUACCAAACACUGGACCGAAAUUAGAAGUCGACCUGGAAACGCAGGUCCAAGAUCUCAACGGGCCGGAAGCAUCGCCCUCGUCAACACUUCGCUCCCAAACCUUACAGGCCAUCUUUGGUCUUUCAGGAGAAGAAAUUAAGAGGUUUCCUGGUAUUCAGGCCUACUGCGAUCACAUCGAGUCCCAAGUCAAACCCCUUACGGACUCCGGAUUCUCGCCCAUAUGGCCGUCUUUAUCCAACUCAACAGCAUGCACAAUAACAGACUGUUGGAAGUUUCUGCAUGCAGUAGCUUAUAACUUCAAGUCAGCAGAGAAGGACACCAGCAUUGAGGACCUCAAAAACCAUGUAUUAUCUUCAGGAGAGAAUGUGAGAGAGUCUUCGGACGCCCUCCUUCUUGCGGCCGUCUUCGCUGCCGUAUGCUUGUUGACCAUGACUCUUCAACCGUCGUUGGAUUUCGAACCUUUCGGGAGCCAGAUCUGCCUCGCUUGUAGAUUUCCAAGCCUUACCGAUGAGUCGAGCCCGCAAGGCCAAAUCGCCAGGCAGAACUUGAGGGAGGCAAAGCGGCCGAUCAAACGAGUUUUCGAGUUAUUCGAACACAGCGCGUGGGAUGAUCAACCGACAAACAUGGAUCAUUCGAUAGGAGAACAUGAUAGUCUAUACGAAGGGAGUCUGAAUCUUGAGGUUCUGUUGUUCGGACGUAUUAAAAUCCAGUGGGUGGACACGCUGAGUGAACAUCUCAGGUUCGACCUGGUCAGCCGGCGUCUUUCCAUCUUUCGCUUCCCGACAUUCUGCGUUCUGUCUGCCCUGCGAAAAGGGGGGAAAGAGGCUACUCCUCUGCUCGACAGCAUCAAUGAAGGCUUCAUGCCGACCACUCUUGAAAAUCGAUACCAAAAUUACGUCACCUUGGAACAAGAAGUCUUGGUCUCCUACCGCCUCCUCUUCGGACAGAGCGCUCGCUCGAGGAAUCUCAUCAGGUCAGACCUUAAGAAGCUCGAGCAGAGCGGCCAACCGUUCGACAACCUGCUAUAUACCCUCUGCGGUCCCAAGAAGGAGGCCGACAAACUGCCGCGCAGCAUAUGGCCGGUGGGCUGUAGAGACUUUGAGCAGGAGAAGCUCCUGGAGAGCGACGUUUACAGCGCCCAGAGCGACUUCCCGCGGUUGGGCUAUCGCCUGAUCAACCUUCAGAGGUUCAGCCUGCGCCAGAAGCCUCGCCGGUUGACGGACCUGUGGAGAGACCGCAGGAAUCCGCUGCAGUGGUAUACCUUUUGGGCGGUCCUGUGGGUUGGGGGAGCUAGUAUCAUAUUGGCCAUCAUACAAACGAUCCUUGCGGGGGUUCAAGUUGCCAGGUCGUGA